AUGAGGCUGCAGUGCAUUCUGAAGCUAACUCAACCUCUGCUGGAAAUAUGUGUAUUGGACAAGGUUUUGAAAGUCAAUUUGCUUUGACUAUGUUGGACUACAUAGACAAUUUGUCCGGAUGGUUGAAACAUAAGCGUUACAGCAGUUCUCGUAUUUGCUUUUCUCUACCGACUUACUGAAACAGUUUGGCUUUCCUCAAUGAAACGUUCAAAGCCAGAAAGGGAAUUAACUGAUGAAGAACGCAAUGUUGUGAUUUCAGUACGUCAUUGUGCCCGUGAAUUGGAUGACAUUUUACAAGGUGCACGCAGAAAAGCCCAAUCAAAUGCAAAAUUGUUCUCAGAGACAGGAAUUAGUAUCAUGUUUCGAGCUGUUGAAUCUUAUGCAGAUAUGUAUGAAAAACUGGCAAUAAAAUCAAGAGAUGCCUUAGAAAGAUUAUUCUCUAAAUUCUCUGAGUGUGAAGAAAUUCAGGAUACUCAAGAUGCGAUUGAAGAAACUGAAGGGAACUGGAGAAAUUUUCUGGUUAAUCUUGAUAAGGAAGUUACUCGUGAGGAAAGUCAUAACAGUGACAUCGAGUCGGUGUCAAAAACCAGCGAUCCUAACGUCCAAUGUGAUUACCUAUUCCUACCAUCUUUACCACUUGUUGAUUGGCAAACCAAUCGUGAAACUAACUUACAAGACUUUGUUCGACAAUAUAUCUGUCUUGUAGUGAUUUGUCAACCUGCGUACUGGCCGGAUACUGCUGUAAGAUGGCGCCAUUCUGAAGUUUUAAAAGCUCAGUGUGAUCUUUCUCAGUUCAAAGUUGGCUAUGCAGUUGUUACAUGGGGUCCUCCAGAAGCAGUACGAAAUUGGUGUAAGCAAGUUUCUCGAAUUACAAAAUGGCCAGUUUUUUGGGAUAAAUCUGGUGAUUUUCGAGCUAAAAUUGGAUUUAAAUCAGGGUUACAACGUAUAUGGGCUGCUGAGAACCUGGAUUUUCUUGGUUGUCAACGUUCAAUGCAUCACCGACCGAUUAAUCCACCACCAACUGAUCUCAAUUGGUCACAAUGGACACAAAUCGGUGGUGAACUGGUUUUGGCUCAACCUGUAUUAUGGGAUCCUACAAAAACAAUGAAGUCACAAAAAUAUACAAGUACAUCUCAACCAGGCACAAAACGCAGGUACACUACUAGCGAUAGUGACGAUGAAGAAAACAAAUCCAGUGAAGGUGAAUCUCACACGGGAUCACUAAAAUCUUUAAAUCAAGAAGCGCUUCAGGAUAAAGAAGCAAUGAAUUCAAAUCAGACAAAAGUAUGUACAUUGCAUUUAAGUACUCGCAUUUCUGAUCUUAUGCCUUCUGGUUCGAUAUAUCAAGCUGCUUUAACAUGUUACGCUCGUGCACAUAAUACUACUGAAAGUGAGGUUAUGGAUGUAAUCAGGAGGGAUCGUAGGUUUUCUACACCACCUGAAUCAGCUCGAUUACAAUACGAAGCAACUACAGGCUUAUAUUACGAUCCAGAGACUGCUCUGUAUUACGAUCCACAAAGGGGCUACUUCUAUGACUCAUCAAACCAAAUGUAUUACUACUGGUCUCAGUCUGAAGUCCGAUAUUCCCAGCUAAUACAUUAAUCCAAGCUGAGCUAGCUGCUGCACAAGUAGCUCAAGCAGCGGCAGCACAGGCUGCUGCUGAUAAAGCUGUCGCUGAAAGAGAAGCUGCUAGAAAAGCAGCUAUGUGCGUUGCAGCUCAAUUAGCGGAAAUACGUGCUGGUAAAGAUGAUUACGCUGCCUAUGCCUAUGCAACAUGUGUACUGCCUCAACAAGAGCCCAGUGAUCCAGAUUACACAAACAUCUCUACAGAAAAUAAUGGAUUUCGUAUCGCUUAUGAAAAUACAACAGCUGCUGCAAAUCAUAUUGAAGCAUCCCUAAAAGCAUGGAAUGCUCAAAACAUUACCAGUAGCACUGGCAGUACUGAAGUUUUAUCUUCUAAACCUCUUGUUCCCUAUGCAGAUGACAAUACAGAAACUGAUCACAAUAAUUCGACACCUCCACCACCGGGCUUGUAAACGAUCACACUUAACCCUCGUCAUUUUUUACAGUUCACACUUCAAGGUAUUCAUAUAAACAUGUACGUUUCCACAUUGUAUAGUUACUACAUGCAGUAUUUUCUCGAUGCAUUUGUACAGUCCUUUUCAAGAUUUGAUGAAUUUUUGGAUAUUUAAAUACUUUUUGCAGUAUAUAUUGUUUUUAAGUGGGAUGCUUUGCUUCUGCAACGAAAGAGGACUGUGAAUUCUUAGUUUACUACACCCGAAGAGAAUUUCACUUUCACUGUUAAUCAAGAUCAGUCAGGUUAAAAGAUUUGAAAUGAUACAAAGUUUCUUAUUCAACUUGCAUUUUACGGAAAUAGAACUGCAUGGUCGUAUUUUUAUUCAGAAUCCAUAAGGAAUGAACAAGUCAUAUAUAUAGAAAAACUAUCAUCAAGAUCAACGUAGGACUAGGCGUUACUACGUAACGGUCUCAGUUGCCACACCUCAUAUCAGCCCAUCAAGUAACAAGGCGAUAAAAUAAAGAUGAAGUAGAAAGUAGUAAAAAAAAGAGAGGAUGGAAGGAUGAGAUUAGGUAUAACGUUUAAGAUGAGGAUAAUGUGUGUAUGCAUCUGAGCCAUAUCACGUAGAAUCUCUAACCAUUGGUUUCUCUUGUCCUGUGAACUCCAACCACCCAGUCUGCAUCGCCCCACAUGGCUCAAACCAACAGUCAAAGACUUCAUGCAGUGAUGACAAGUUUUAGUCUGGCCGCUGCAAGUCUUUUUCCAGCCUGAACCUACGUUGGCUAACAUUGUGUUGACUAGGUAGAUGGUGACUUACCUCUCCUGCCUAAAACUCUAUGCCUGACUUCUGCGUUACUCACGUGGUGACAUCACGAAACACGGCUUAUGUUACGAAGGCAGCGGUGGUCAAAAACCCGAAGCCUUCUCAUAUCUCCUACCUUUAAUGCCUGUCUCACAGAGAUACAGUAGAACAGGGUGGACUGCAGCACAGUACACUCGACUCUUAAUAGACAGUCGGAUAUCGUGACGCUAGAAGACCUUGAAAGCAUGUAUAGAUAGCAAACUCUCCUCCACUAAAAGUUGAAAAUCUGACAGUAAGAUUGUAACUUCAUUCAUC